GGUUAGUCAGCCUGUCGAUAGUCAGUGUGUCUCGCGGGUAACGUUGUGCUAGUGAUUAGAACGGUUUAAUGAGGGCCUGGUUUAUAAUUCUACAAUGGAAAUGGAACAGUCAAAGUCUUCAGGUUGCUGUUUAGUGUCUUCCCUCAAAGUCUCAACAAUCGUCUUGGGUUCUAUAGGCCUUCUCCUCUGGCCCGCCGCCAUCUGCGCCACAACAUAUAUUACCUUCGAUGUAGUGAAUGGAAAUUACUUGCAACCUUUCCCAAUCGUGAUGGCUGCAAUAAUCCUCGUAGGCGUCAACAUCGCCUACAUCUACCAGACUUCCCUGAUCAUUCUCACCCUUACAGAAAGCAAGAGGAUGUCGCGUCAAGUCGUCGAAUCAGUACGGCGCAACACGGCUUGUCUCGUGGCCUUCUUGCUGGUUGGCUUCGCCGAGUGGGUGACGAGCGUCGUUUUCUAUGUCAUGGAAGGGAUGGACCGGGUUGAGUACAUCACGCUCUUCGGAUGUAGCUUUUCUUUCGUGUGGACUGCAGUGGUGGCAGCUGUGGCAGGAUCGCUGACUCAUGUGGCAGAGAACGGAAGCAGGGACGAACACACGCCACGAGAUCAUUUUCCAUUGAUCGACUACUCAGCCGAACAAUUCGAAACACGAAACGAAAUGCAUCACAGGUACAAGGAAACUCGCUCAACGAAACCGUCCUACGCCCGAUCUAUGCCUGGAACGUGGGCUACGCCUGUGCACGGGCGGGUGUCACCGUGGUCGAGUCAUCUUUAGUUACCGGACUCGCUAUGCUUUGCUCGAAGGCGUGACAGGUGCACCGGCGACAGGGUCAAAGGGAAACGAAGAUCAUCUGCCCAGACACCGGAGUCGAAAAACUGAAAGAUGCUGACGGAAGAGGAAACCACAAAAGAAACUGGCCUUGUCGAAGAAACAGGAGAAAUAGCCGACGUCGAGGAAGCAACAGACAGAAUCGAUGAAACUAUAGACAUCAUCGGCGUAAAAGGGAUCUCGUCUGCCUCACGUGAUGAUAGAGUUGGAAGGGAUUCCAGUUUGCUUCGUGGUAGACACUGGGUGUGAGAUCAGUUCCAUUACCAGAGAACAAAUGACAAGCUUGGGAUAUGAGGAGAGCGGUUUGGAAGGUGGUCUCCCUCAUCGUUUGUUUGCCAGUGUGAAGACUAAUAACUAUAUAUCAGUGUGGCUUAUGAUCGUUAAGAACAAGUUUGACCACAACUUGCUUGGUCUCGACAUUCUUGCUAAUUACUGUUAUAUCAUAGAUUUAGAUAAGAACAGACUUACUUUCCGUGAGUGCUACGACUACGCUUCAUGGGACCUACGAAAGAUCACAGUGAAUAUUCAGGGGAAGGACGUGGAAAUGGAUAUUGACACAGGUGCCGUAUGUUCCACAUGUGGCCCCAGAUUUGUGCAAUAAGGCAUUCAGUCGUGAGGUGCACAAUGCCUGGUACAAGGUUAAACCCGACGAAACUCCAGAGGGAUAUAAAGAUCCUACACUGGGAGUGCCAUUCUUCUACGGAAUGCGUCUGCUGUUCAACCCGGACGGGUCUUUUGAAGUAAUGGAACCAGAGUCGGAGGACGAGAUGGGAAGCUCAGAUGUAGUUAGGGUAGUGAAAGAGACAGCUGGACAAGAAGAGACACCUGCGAUCUGAGACGUCUGCCAUAGAGGAGCCUCAGGGAUCGGAUGAAAAA